UUCGCCAAUUUGGAGCAGCUGAUGCUUUCAGUUGUGAAUCAUUUGUUCGCGCCGCUGGUUUCGUUUUUAUUUUAUUUUCCUCUUAUUUUUAAUGUUUCUUUUUGUAAGUUUUCUUUUUUUCUUUUUUUUUGAGGUUUUUUCAGCGUCCGUGGCUCGAAGAGUAGAUUAAGUUUACAAUCCGUGAGCUCGAGUCUUUGAGAAUGCACUGAUUAGUUGAGGAUGCGUGCAAUGCAUCUGCGCCAUUGCAUUGCUGUUUUCAGUUUUGAUUUCUAGUUUUGGUGGUUGUGAAAGAGGGGAUGUUUGGUUAUGCGGGGGCUUGACUUUGCUAGAUCAAAAUUGGAAGGACAGUAAGACCUUUUGAGUUAGAUUAACCACAACCAAAUGGCGCAACCAUAUAGCACAUCCUAUGAAGCCGACGAAGGCCUAAGGCGCAGAACUGCGGGACAGGGAGAGAUUGACUACGGCACCACUCCCGUGGUCGGCAGAGUAGCCGGACGUUACGAGGGGUACGACACAGCUCCUAUUAGGAGGCAAUACGAUGAAUCCAAAUCUACUACAUCAACGUCUGCACCACCUGCAGAACAGUACCGGAAGAAUCCGAACACGGAAAAUGAGCGGUUGGCAGAUGAAUCCGCGAGAAGGGAAGAUGACGACUCCAAAACUAGCAAUUCUGGCAGCAUGGGCGUUGUCGGUAUGCUGAAAAAUCCUCGUAAUCGAAUGUAUCUCGCUACCUUGGUUGCAGCCACGCCGUUCAUGAUCUCUUUCACUUUUUAUGUGAGCCAAUUCUCCUUCUUCGGACAGUUCGUGAUCGGCAUUUGCUGCGGUUUAUGUCUACAAGGAGUGUACAUGUUGUACAGUUUGCACCGGAAGCAUCAACGCAAGCGCAAGACUCUGCAAGUAGCGCAAAUGGCGAUUCUGGAGGAGAACCAGCUCAAAAUUCUUUUACCCACGCAGGAGGCUUUCCCCCGAUGGAUCUCCUUCACCGACUUUGAAAAGGUGGAAUGGCUGAACGACACUUUGACCAAGUUAUGGCCGUAUAUUGAUCAGGCAGCUUCAAGCCUGAUCAAAGAGAAGGUUCAGCCUAUUUUGGACCAAUAUGCUAUGGGAAUCAUUCAGAAGCUCGAGCUCAAGCAGGUUGCAUUCGGCAACAAAGCUCCGCAAGUUACAGGAGUCAGGCUCUCGGAAGGUUUGGAAGACGAGACUGUCUUGGAGAUCAAGAUCCUCUGGGAGACCUCUCAAGAGGGUGUGGUCCUGUCUGUUGAUUUCCCCGGUCCAAACUACACAGUGAAGCUCAAGAACUGGUUUCUGGAAGGAACUGCGAAGCUUAUAUUCAAGCCCUUGACAGGCACCAUUCCUGGAUUUGGAGCCGUCUUAGUGUCACUAACGGAGCCACCAGAGUUCGACUUCGAUUUGAAAUUCCUGGGUGGAGAUGUUGGAAUGGUUCCAGGAGUGGAGAAGAUGAUUGACAACUCUAUCAGGACAGCUUUGAUGGACUCUCUGGUAUGGCCAAGUCGCAUUGUGGUUCCUAUGAUCCCCGGUGGUGAUUUCAGUUUCUUGGAGCUUCAUCCAGUUGGGGAACUGGAAGUGAAAUUGAUCGAAGCUAAGAACAUCAAGAACACCGACCUCAUUGGCAAGGCAGAUCCAUUUGUAACCUUGUUUGUGCGCCAAACAAAGGACAAAGUGAAGCGCAGUACAUCCAAGAGUAAUACGCUACGCCCUGUCUGGAAUGAGGACUUCAAGAUAGAGGUGGAAGACCCAGAAUCUCAGGCCUUGACACUGCGGCUCAUGGACGAUGAAAGUGUUCAGAAGUCGGAGUACAUUGGAACCGUUCAGUUAGCCAUCAAGGAGUUCGAGCCACACGUGAAGAAAGAGUUGUGGUGCGACGUCUUGGAGGACCCCGAGUCUCAUGCGACGGACCAGAUCCGGGGCAGUAUCCACGUUAUUGUGACCUACAUCCCGUACACACGAGAGCAGGUUGAAGCGAAGCGCGGGUUCAACGAGACAGAGAAGAAGAUCUACGAGGAGCACCGGCUCAUUGCGGAGCAGAUCAAUCGCCCUCACAAGACCACCGGCGACGCCCCGAAGCAGCAAGGUAACAUCACCCAGCACCCAGAGGAGCAACCGAGGCAGCCUGGCCCAGCAGCGGAGCUCUGAUUUGUUUGAAUUUUCCUAUUGAAAUCCUGCUGGCUGAAACUGCCCAAGCCUGGACAAUAAUACAUACUAAUAGUCCAGAGUUUGGCUCUACAUCAUCAUGUAAUUACUGUCGAUUUUGUGAACUUGUUUUUAUGGAAAGUGAAGAUUGUUCAAUAACUUGAACUUUGUUUCGA